AUGCCGCUACUCCUCGCAAAGCUCCCAUUGGUCCUCCACAUAGUGGCCGAGACGGGCGCGGCCAACUCCUUCAUCCGGCACCCGCGCACGCAGCUGCGGAUCCGGGGCGCCGACCACGCCGAUGUCCAGCGCGAGGCCGACCUGGUGUGCGCCAACCUGGGCGGCGCGCUCCUGGCCACCAACCUCGUCGCUCUCGUCGUCAUCUUGAGCCCCGGUGGUGGUGUUGGUGGCGCCGCCGCCGCUGAGGUCCUAGACGAGACGAGUCGCCUCCUCGUGCUCGCCCUGGCCUCGUACCACGUAUGGCCAAUGUACAGGGCCUUUGCCAGGCUCACGUCCCCGGGCGCCGCGCUCAAGUACCAGGAUGUCCCCAUGGGGGGACCAGCGGUCCAUCUGAUUGUCCACUGGGUCUGCUUCGCGAGCUUGUUGUGUUCGGCGCUAUUUGGGGGGUGA